GCCUUCUUGCUGAGCUCCAAACUUUCAUGUCAGGUGCACGAGGAUUCACCAGGAGCACCGCUAACCUCUUGAAAGGUGUUGUGUUUCGGAUCAGACCUGGGGUCUCUGGCCCUCGAAGUCCCCGCGCCAUGGCCACGCUGAGUGUCAAGCCAAGUCAGCGCUUCCGGCUGCCCGACUGGCACACCAACAGCUCCCUGCUAUCCACCAACGCCGAGCGGCAGCGAGAUGCCUCCCAUCAGAUCCGCCAGGAGGCCCGGGUCCUCCGCAAUGAGACCAACAACCAGACCAUUUGGGAUGAGCACGACAACAGGACCCGACUGGCAGAGAGGAUCCACACCGUCAACCGGUGGAAGGAGAUGCUGGACAAGUGUCUGACGGAUCUGGACGCUGAGAUCGAUGCCCUGACGCAGAUGAAGGAGUCAGCAGAGCAAAACCUGCAGGCCAAGAACCUGCCCCUUGAUGUGGCCAUUGAGUGCCUGACGCUUCGGGAGAGUCGACGGGACAUUGACGUGGUGAAGGACCCCGUGGAAGAUGAACUGCACAAGGAGGUGGAGGUCAUCGAGGCCACCAAGAGGGCCUUGCAGCAGAAGAUCACCCAGGCCUUCGAGCAGCUCUGCCUCCUGCAGGAAGCCCGACAGCAGCUCAACUCUGACCAUCGGGGCAAAAUGGAGACGCUGGAGAUCGACAGGGGCUGCCUGUCUCUCAACCUCAAGUCCCCAAACAUCUCUCUAAAGGUCAACCCAACGCGUGUCCCCGAUGGCACCACCACUCUUCAGCAGUGGGACGACUUCAGCCAGUUCAACAAGAACCGAGCUGAGGCCGAGAUGAAGGCAGCCCUGGAGCUGAGGGAGGCCAUCGCCCUGACUAUCACAGAGACCAACAACGAGCUAGAAGCCCAGAGGGUUGCUACCGAGUUCGCCUUCAGGAAGCGGCUGCGGGAGAUGGAGAAAGUGUACAGCGAGCUCAAGUGGCAGGAGAAGAACACCCUGGAGGAGAUCGCUGAGCUGCAGGAGGACAUCCGGCACCUGGAGGAGGACCUGCGUAGAAAGCUCCGGGGAGGCUCCAGGGCAAUGUGGCCGACCUGCCUCUCCCAACCUGCCCUCGGCCUCCAGGCGCAGUACGGCCUCACCGAUGAGCUCCACCAGCUGGAGGCCACCAUCGCUGCCCUGAGGCAGAAGCUGGCACAGGCGCAGGAUGCCCUGGAUGCCCUCUACAAGCACCUGGCCCGGCUGCAGGCGGACAUCGCCUGCAAGACCAACUCCAUGCUGCUGGACACCAAGUGCAUGGACAGCCGCCGCAAGCUCACCGUGCCUGCGGAGAAGUUCGUGCCCGCAGUGGACACCUUCACCCGCACCACAAACCGCACCCUGAGUCCGCUCAAAAGCUGCCAGCUGGAGCUGGCCUAGCCCUGGGGGCCCAGGAGGGGGUGGGGCUGGUGGGGAAUGGAUGGGGAAGAGAAUGAAUCUAAUAAAUGUUGAGGUCCUUGGCCAGGCAGUUCUCCAACAGCUCUG